AUGCCGUCUUUCCUGUGGUGUGGAUCUCGACAGAAAGGCCAGAAAUGGAAACAGAUUGAAGAAGCAGCAGCGAAUCUACAACAGCUCCCAUCAUGGAAUGCUCCAGAUAAUUCGCUUAUACUGCAAGCCUUUGAAUGGCAUGUUCCCGCCGACCGGCAGCACUGGCGUCGUCUGCAGAAUGCCUUACCAGAGUACAAAGCCAUCGGCGUUGAUCAGAUUUGGAUCCCUCCCGGAUGCAAGGGAAUGGAUGUGAAUGGUAAUGGCUAUGACAUCUAUGAUCUGUACGACCUAGGGGAGUUCGAUCAGAAGGGCGCAGUUCCCACGAAAUGGGGCACCAAGCGUGAACUUGAAGACCUGAUGUGCCAAGCGCAGAACUUGGGCAUUGGUGUAAUCUGGGAUGCUGUGCUCAAUCAUAAAGCUGGCGCGGACUAUCCAGAGCCUUUUCAGGCUGUCAAGGUAGAUCCUAAACGAAGAGAUCUGGAUAUAUCUAAGCCGACAGAAGUCCAUGGCUGGACAGGCUUUGAUUUCGCCGGUCGCGGUGACAUGUACAGCUCAAUGAAGUAUCACUGGCAACAUUUCAGCGGCGUUGACUGGGACGAUAAGAGCAAGCAAAACGCAAUCUACAAGAUUGUCGCAUCCAACAAGGACUGGGCGCAAGAUGUGUCCACGGAGAAUGGAAACUACGAUUACCUGAUGUUCGCCGAUUUGGACCUGACACACCCAGAAGUCCGCGCAGACCUCCUGCAAUGGGGAACGUGGAUCACCAAAUCCCUAAGCCUCAAUGGAAUGCGACUUGAUGCCGCUAAGCAUUUCUCAACCGAGUUCCAACGCGCAUUCGUGCAAUAUGUUCGGAAAACCGCCAACCCGGACUUUUUCGCCAUCGGAGAGUACUGGACUGGACAUUUACCGUCCCUUCUGCAUUACCUCGAGAAGGUAGAGUAUGAUCUCGCUGCAUAUGAUGUACCUCUCCUGGAGCGGUUCUCCAAGUUGUCCCAUGCCAAGGCACCAGAUCUUCGCGGGAUUUUCAAAGAUACAUUGGUACAGUGUCGGCCGGACCACGCUGUGACCCUUGUUUCGAAUCACGAUACGCAACCAGGACAAAUGCUGGAGACCCCAGUGGCGCACUCCUUUAAAUUACUAGCAUACGCACUGGUCCUCCUCCGCAAAGACGGUCACCCAUGCGUAUUCUAUGGUGACCUGUACGGGAUACGGGCGAAUGUGGAUAGCCCAAUGACACCAAGUUGCAACGGUCAUCUUCCCGUCCUAACUCAAGCCCGGAAACUCUAUGCCUACGGCGAACAGCAGGAUUAUUUCAACCAACCCAACUGCAUAGGAUUCGUUCGCUACGGAAACGCCCGUCACCUAUCCGGACUCGCAUGUGUUAUCAGCAACGCUGGUCCAGGUGUGCAGCGCAUGUUUGUCGGUCAGCAACAUGCAUAUGAGCAAUGGACCGACCUGUUGCAUCCUAGCAUGAAACCUGUCAUUAUCAACAAGAAGGGGUAUGGAGACUUCGGUGUCCAGGCGAUGAGUGCUAGCGUCUGGGUCGAUUCGGCUACCAUGGACCGGGAUGGUCUCAAGAGGGACUUUAACGUGGAUAUCUACGAUACCUAA